GCUUCGUCUCUGAUUGGCGGGCGAUGGUGAUCACGACCAAUCAGAGGCCUCCAGGCUUUGCAAUAUAAAGCGGCGCGCGGAGCCGGGCGAUUAUGUUUAUGUUUUCUACCAUUCCACACCUCACCUGCAAUAGCAAGAAUCCGGCAAAGAGAAAGAUUCUUCUAUUAAUCAACAAGACAUCAAGUACCGCAAGCCCAGAAGUCUCCGUUCAUUCCUAUUCCAACUCUUGAACCCAUAAUGGCCGCAGCAGCAAACAGAAAUAACCCACAAAAGAUCUGCUUUUUUGAUUGGCUGGUCAAUGAGAUCAACAGCAGAGAAUAUUGGCUCGAUGAGGCCCAUACAAUCUUUUGCAUCCCCUGGAAACACAAUUCAAGAAAGGAUAUUGUAGCUGAUGAUUACAGGAUUUUCAAGGAAUGGGCUGUAGUCAGCAAAAAAUACAAUGAACAUCAACCAGACCCAAGCAAAUGGAAAACCAACUUCCGUUGUGCUUUGAACAGCACAAAGAAAUUUAAAGAACUGAAGUCGAAUAAUCCUGAUUAUCAUGUGUAUAGAAUCAUCUCUCACAAUGCUGCACAUGCUGCCAACCUUCCUGCUGAUAGAAGGAACGAUGGUGAUCAUGAGAAUGAUAUGUUACGUAUUAGCCCUUCCAGUGAAGGAGUUCAAGGUUCCGACCAGACGACACCUCCACUUCAGCAGGAGAUAAACAUUGCCUUUGAAAUGCUGUCAUUGGAAAAUCCAGUCCCAGGACUAAAUGUGAAUACAGAUGAAAAUGUUUACCAGUGUAGCAGUGAUACGCUCCAGUGGGUUAUGCAGCAAGCCAACAUGAAUAUGGAUGAAAUUCAGACAGUCUCAUGGGCUCCUUCUCCCAGUGAUCAUCCCAUAGGUGAAGUUGCUUAUCAACAAAACAAUACCUAUGCUGUCCCUCAUGUUGAUCAAACUGGCUACCACCACUUGAGGAAUAGAGCAGUGAAUGAGACAGUUGAAAAUAGGUAUUAUGAAGAGCCAUCUAAGUGGCUGCCUGAAAUCACAACAGAUGUGGUGCAUCAAUCAACUGCCACACUUGCAGUGCAACAGGCCCAACAAAACUCCCCUGCCCCAAAUCAGCUUAAUCAUUUGGUAGCUGAUGCCCUUGGUAAUGAGAGCUGCUUCAUUGAAAAUAUGUUCAUGGAUGAAGACCCUCUUGCAAAAGGAGUGAUGAUGUGCAAUGCAGCAAGCCAACACACCAUGCUGGAGCAGAGCCCAUGUCCAUUACCCGUUGCACCCCCAGUUGAGCAGCCUCCUGCCCAGACUACUCUGUUGCAGAACGACUCAGGAAUGCAUCCUUUGAACCUGGGUGUCUCCAUCUAUUACAGGGGGAGUUUGCUCAAUGAAUUAAGAGUGACAGCGGGUAGCUGUUUGUUUACCUACAACAACAACCACACUGCCCAAGUACUAGGCAACCCACAGAUAAUACAAUUUCCAAAUCCCCAGAUGCUUCCUGAUCAGAAGCAAGUUACGCUCACCUUGACUGCACUGCAGAAGGCGGGUUUGCUGCUUUAUCAGAAGAAUUGCAGGCUGUGGGCCAGGCGCCUUGGUCCAUGCAAUGUCUUCUGGGCCUUCUCCAAGCAGCUGGAGAACAUUGCUCAGUACCCCGAACACAGGCUGUUGCAACGGGAGGUAGACACAGAGAUCUUCAACUUUGAACAUUAUUUCCAAGGACUUCAGCAGUUCUAUGAUGGUCAAAGAAGUUCAUGUCCUGAUUAUACCAUCUACUUGUGCUUUGGACAGCGUUUUUCUGCUGCCAAACCUAAGGAGUCUAAACUAAUUUUGGUGAAGUUGGUUCCAGAGCUUUGUAAACAUUGGCACGAACGUGUACUGAGGGAAGGCGUCUCAUCCUUGAACAGCGAAAUUGAGAGCUUGCAGUUUUCCAACAGCCUCUUUGAUAUGAUGGAAUAUCUAACUAGUAUCUGUAGGCCAGCCGAUGAGGAACAUUGAAUGCUCUCUUUCUAGACAUUUCUCCAACACAAGAAAGCAUAAUUGUAAAAGUUCUGUUUUUAGAUCUGGAAUUAUGUCAGACUAUACAUCAUGCAUUGACAGGUUUAGAACUUACCUUAAGUGGGAACUUCCUGUUGUUAAACUACAGGUGAGAAAUAGCUUCACCAAGUCUUCCCAAUAGCCUUUUUAACACUUGUACUGUUAUGUGGUACCACAUUAUGAAUUUCCCCCUGCCAAUGGCAGCCAAUGAUGUGGUUUGAAGCUGAGGAAACCUCAAUUCUUAGGCAAUGGAAUACAGGGAGGGGCACUCUUAAGUAUUGGGGUCUAAACCAUUUAAAGCCUUGAAUUCAUUGAAUUCAGACCUGAAGUAAAGUGGCAGUGAAACAGCCUAAACAGCAUUAGAAAAAGCAUAUUAACGGUUGCUAAACUGGUUUAGCUGGUUAGAUUGUUUGAUAUGUUUUGCUUUUAAUAAUUGUUUUGAAGUGUUUAAAUUGAUUUUAUUUGUACGUCACCUGGAAAUCACUUGAUACAAGGUGGGAUAUAAAUAUAUUUUAAUAAUAAUAAACAACUUACAUUGGUCGUCCUGGCCAAUGGUCAGGGAUGUUAGGAGUUUUAGUUCAGAAUAUGUGAAAGAACACCAUGUAAGGGGUGGGAGGGUUGGGGCUGGAACAUAGUUUUUUAGCCAUUACAAUGCAGAAUUGGGCUUACUAACUCUGUGUUUUUCCAGCUCUAUAGAAUAUGUAUUAUGCAUAUUCCAGACUGAAACUGAGUUGAUAGCCUCGCUCCUUGUGCAAGCGACUCUGCUUUGUCAGAUUUUUCUGGGACAGAUUUGUGGUCAGCUUCACAGACAGCAACACUGUAGUUGCUUCCAUUGUCUUAAUUUUCGAAAGUCUCAUUCUCGGAGUUGUAUGGAGUGUGCAAAGAUAGCAUUGCAGGAUUAAGCUGUGUGGUCUUUGUGAUGUCUUCCAGCUCUGUGGUUCUAAGACAGGCAUGGCAAGCUUUUUUGCCUUGGGGCUACAUUGUGCCUUCUUUGAGCUGUCCUCCCGGCAUAAGGAUGGGGCCACUUGGGAGGAGGUCAAGACACACAGUGGCCUCCAGAGAGCUCUCAGCUGCUACGUGCCUUCCUCCCCCAUCUUUUUGCCAUAAGGAUGUGGUAGGCUGCUGUGUCCUGCCAAGAGGACAGGGAUAAUGAGGAAGCCUGAGGUAAGCACUCGGGGGCUGCAUCCAGCCCCAGGCCUUAGUUUUUCCAUGCCUGUUCUCAGAUAAGCCAUUUGGAGUUGAAACCAGGAUCUGACUUUCCUGGACAGAAGGGUUUCAACUCACCUCGGCUCAUCCCAUAUCCCUUAGUUCUCCCAUCUUCUUUAUUUCUUUUUCAGAGGUAGGGAUGGGGUGGGCUGUAAAAGGGUAAAAAUAGAGAAUUCUGCUUAUUUGCACAUAAUUUGCGGGGGGGAGGGGGUGUGUGACCCAUACUGGUAGGUUGCAGAAAGAUAGUUAGAAAUACUAGUGGGAUGAUCUAUAGCAUUGGUGAUCAAAGUGUAGCCUGUGAGCCCUAUGUAUCACCUUACAGACAUUUUUUGUGGGCCAAAGGGCAUCCUGUUGGUCAAACGCAAACUAUUUUUUUUCCAAAAAUUGUUUUGCUUCACAAUUGCUCCCCAAUGCUCCAUAGGUAACAUAGGAGGCAUUUUCACUAUGCUUUCAGGCAUUGUAAAGCAAAGUUAUUUCCUCUCUUGAAAAUGGUUUCUCGUGGGUCUAAAAUGGGCCAAAGUGAAAAUGCAACCCAUGCUUCCUAGAGGGCAUCUGGGGACAAGAACCUUUUUUGAUUUUUGUAGAGAGAUGCAGUCCUAUAACACAAAACUGUCCAAACUCUGUGUUGCAACACAUUCAUGUGUAGGCUGUAGUGCAGGUGUGUCGCACGAACAUAAUGAGAAAUGACAAAAAUCUUGGAAAUGUUUGUCAUAUAUUUUAAAAUAUAUAAAUGAAAUAUUUUCAUGAGAUGUGUUGUAUUACCAUACAUUUAAUUAUUACAAUUUAUGUAUGUAUUUGUAUCUCUUAUAAGGGAUUGGUUUAACUGAAUCAAUGUGUCACGAAAUGUUGCCUGUCAAAAAAGUGUGUCACCAACAUAUGGAGCCACAAAAUCUAGCCCUUACAUUUGGGGGGUAUUGUGGGGCACCAGUUAUCCACCUCUGAUUUCUACUGUCCCUCCCAUUUCUACUAUCCGGUUCCCAUAUAAAAAAAAAUCCAGUAUGUGAUGCAUCUAAUGUACUCAAGACACUAGCCAUCCUCUUCUAUUGAAUGGCAGGAAUAAAAUUAUUCCUGAAGCAAUGUUUUUGAAAAGUUAUAACUUGCCUUGAGCAUCCAUAUGGGUGACCAAUUAAUUACAUUCAUGGACAGGGACUUUGCCUACUUCCCGAUCUAUCAGGUUGUCCCUGUGAAGUUGGCUUGUUGUGGUCAUCUGAUUCUAGUAAACGUAGCCACAGAUAAUGAUUAGAGGUUCUGGGAUCUAAAGUACAAAACAUCUGGCUCACCAAAUGUUAAGAAGCACUAAUUCUAUUUAUUAUCUAUUAGAGAGGGGAGGGAGAGAAGGGCCCCCAUAUCCUUAGGGCAUAUGUUCCCAGUGGACCAUGGUUAUGUAGAACUGUGGGCACAACGACACCAUUAAUAGACCUAAUGUCUGGUCCCAGCAAGACACAGAACUGUGUUGGAAGACCUAGAUAUAUCUAAAACACUAAUCCACUUAAGAAUUUCCUAGGUCCUCCAGCAUAACUCCUAUGGGAAGUGUACCAUAGAACCAACUGGAGGAUCUAGUAAAUCUUUACUGUGACAAUUUUUCCCCUCUUCCCCAACACUGGGAAGUGAAACUGCUGGUAUUGGGGUCUUACUGUAUAUGUAAUAUUACAUACACAGAGAGAGAGCUUGGAAUUCUGUUUGUUGGUACUAAAUAAAUAGUUUGAAUUGAGAGCCAACACAAGUGUAAAUCCCACUGGGCUUACCCAAGUCAGGAAUACCAACAGUACAUAGGUCACCGUCUGUGGUAGGCAAAGGGGUCCAUAAGCCUGUCUCACUGUUUUUAUGGCCUGAUGGAGCAGAAAAAUCCCUUUUGUAAGGCAAUUUAAAUUACAAUGUUUCAUUUGAGAACCGCCAGAAUCAGUUAUAGCCUUAGAAGUUAUUCACUCUCUGGAUGAAAGCAAUAUCAGAGGCUAUAGAGCUAGUUUAUCUUUAUAAAAGAAUUUUCCUCCUGCCAACCUCAAAGAUAGUCUAGAAAGUCUCAUUACAGAUGUACUUAAAAUAGACUGCACUUCAAUAUGGAUACACAGCUACUUCUCAAAUUCAAACUACAGGCUGUACUGAGCUUCUUGUAUAACAUCUGCUUUUUUAGUGGAACUCAGAGUUUAGUAUUUUUAAAUACAGCUUUUCAAAUGGCUUCCAGUUAAAAUGCUGCUAGCUUAGAAAUGCGACUGUCUGGCAUUGCUAGCAGAAGUGUUCAUCUGAAACAAAAAGCCUUCUGCUAACCAAAAUAGACCUUCUGCCCACAGGAGACUUUUGAUAGACCCAACCCCAUGAAAAGUGGCUGAUCUUUUCAGCAAACACUCACCCAUAUUGCUCCUUUAGCUCUACUAGAGCUGCACAUGUGUUGUAAAUCUAGGGCGAAAAUUAGUGUGUUUCAAGAAUGAGAACUCAUAGGGCCUUUAUUUUACUCACAUGUGAUAUCUUCACCACUUCUAUGGUGAUGAAAUAGCAGCUUCCUCUGAGAAACCUAGUGGAUUCAAUUUGGCAACUUAACAGCUCUUUUCGAGAGCUUCCUCUUGAUUGUUUUUGUGGUAAGGGUUUUAGAUUUUUUUUACGAUGUUAUUCUGGAUACCAGCUUUUAUUUUGAAGGGAAAGAGAAGUAUAAAGUAUUUUGCUGUACUUGCAGUUCUUUUCAUUUUCUGUUAAGUUUGUUUCAUUGAAAAACUCGUAAUUACUUGAUUAAACUGUCUUGAUUUUGAAUGUUACGUUUUAGCUCAAGAUUUUUCUACAUGGGGUCUCUUGGGGCAUACUGAUUUCCUUUAUUUGCAUAUAUUUUUCUUGUAAAAAGAAUUUCUGUUCACCAUGGUGACAAAUCACAUAUACUUCUGUAACCUUCGCUAAUGCAGAAAGCUCUCUAAGCUGGGAUUUCAAAAUGACAUAAAAUAAAAUGACAUUCCACAAUG